AUUAAGAAAAAAAAGAAAAAAAAAAAGAAAAAACCCCUAAUCCAUGUCCAAUCCAGACGAACACAAACGUUUGUAUUUCCCCAAACGUCACUCUCGCCGGUAGAAAUGCCGCCGAAACGGGAGUGUCGCGGCGACAGCGUAAUCCAAUCACCUUCCGUUUCACCCAAAGGCGACCUAAUGACGACAUUUUCUCUCCAUUCCUUUGGCGAAUCCGACGAUGAUAAACAUGGCUUCACUAUUCAAAUCACCGAGAAUAUGAAAGAGGAAUAUGGUAUGUUUGUAUGGCCGUGUAGUAUUGUUCUUGCUGAGUAUGUUUGGCAGCAACGAUCCUGCUUUUCUGGAAUUAAUGUUAUUGAGCUGGGUGCAGGAACCUCCUUGCCUGGACUGGUGGCGGCGAAAGUUGGGGCCGGCGUCACUUUGACGGAUGAUUCUAGAAGGGAGGAGGUGCUAGAGAACAUUAGGAGAGUAUGUGACUUGAACAAACUGAGCUGUAAGGUAAUGGGACUCACAUGGGGCAUCUGGGAUUCACAGAUUUUUGAUUUGCAUCCCAAAAUAUUACUUGGGGCUGACGUAUUGUAUGAUGCUAGUGCCUUUGACGAUCUCUUCAGCACUGUGGCAUUCUUGCUUCAAAAAACUCCAGGAUCAGUUUUUAUAACAACUUAUCAUAAUCGAAGUGGACAUCAUCUUAUUGAAUUUUUGAUGGUCAAGUGGGGCUUAAAAUGCUCAAAACUCUUGGAUGCCUUCUCAUUUAUGCCAUCUGAUAAAGCAUCUGGACUUGGUGGUAAUAUUCAAUUGGUUGAAAUUGUGUUGAUUAGCCAACAGGUGACAUCUUGCUCCUAAUACAGCUAAUUACAAAUUGCUUUUGUCUCCUAUACGGGGUCGUAUUCUCCAUAAUAUGUCAACUUCAUUGGUGCUGUAGUUAUCUGGGACAGAAAUCCUGGAGUAACAAGGUUGACAGUUCCAAUUCAACCAAUGGAUUGAUAUCCUCUUCAGAAAAAUACUUUGUAUUUAUCUGCAGGAAAAGGUAUGCAUCUCCGUGAAAUAAAUUCUUAACACCCUGUCUAUAGGCUGCCAUCUAUCAAAUUAUUAGGCGUAAGUUGCUGAUGUUUACGGAAAAUAUGACAUUUUUCGUUCUUUUUUUUUUUUUUUUUUUUUUCAAUUUUUGAAAAAUGUUUGACGACGUUGAUACUGUUUAUUUUUUGUUCAAAGCACCUUUCUGUUUGCUGAACUUAUUUUCUUUUUUGUGAAUGUUGAAUAAAUUUUCUCUCAUAAGUCUCUUUUUCCAUGCCAACGCCGGUUAAAAUGAGAAGCUUUAACUUUUCAGUUUUGAUUUAAAAGUCUUUGACAUAUAUCUUAUACCAUCUAAAGCCUAGUUAAGCUAGGUGGAAACAGGGCCGUCUUAAACAAUUUGGUGGCCCUGUGCUAUAUGCUUCACUUCAUACAUAUAUAAUGCACAUUUUACAAAUUUUUAAAAUUCAUAAAACAUACCACUUUCUAAAGUCAAAUAAUUCUAAUAAUCUAAAAAAGGAUACAUUUACGACAAGUCGACAAGUCUAUGGUUUAUGUUAUCCACCAUAAAAUGCAUUACUCACAAACUUUCUAAAGCCGAAAAAAAAAUUAUAUAUUACAUUAAAUAUCUAGGAAAUUUUGUAUGUGUUAUAACUUAUAAGUCUAUAGUCUGAAUUAUUCACUUUCAAAUAACAGAAAAAUAUUAUUACUUGUGUACACAUUUUCUAAAUCUUGUUUUUAAAAGGAAGCUCUUCAGUUGUCCUUUAUACGGAUAAUUUAAUAAGACAAAAAUAUUUUUAUGUAAACUACUCCCUCCGUACCAAAAUGUUUGUUACGUAUUCCUUUUAGGUUGUUUCAAAAUGUUUGUUACAUGGGGGAAUCUUUCCUUUUAUAAACUUAUUAUAAUAUUAUUUUUUGUGCCAACUUUUAAUUUUAAUUGGUCCAAUUUUUUCAACUCAUUAAAUUUCUUUACAAUUUCCCAAGUAUGUUAAGUUAGCAAUCUUUGUGCUUUUCCAUUAUUGGUUCAUUUUGAUAAAUAAAACAAUCUUAUUGGUUGUUGUAAUUAUUAGUGGAUUGGGGUUUUACUUGGUUUAUGUUUUUAAUAAAAAACCAAAAGAAUCUUUAUUAUACGUUAAUAAACGUGCAAAAGUCCAAACGUAACAAACAUUUUGGAACGGAGGGAGUAAAAGUCAAUCUCGAGUUCCUAGAUUACAACUCAUUUAACACCCUAAUGGUAAAGCCUAAAAGAUUAAAAAGAAAACAAAAAAAACAGAAAUCAGGUCACGGGGAUUCGAACCUUUUACCUUUGUUAAAAACAAAUGGAGAUAUUAUUGCCCUUCAAUCAACCAACUGAGAUGUAUUCCAUUAAUGUAAAUAUUCACGCUGAAAAUUUAUUGACAGUUUCAGUUCAGAUUUUGGGGCCCCAAAUAAAUUGGAGGCCCUGUGCUGUUGGGCUGGAUGCACAGCCCAAUAGCCGGCCAUGGGUGGAAAUAUAGAAUUCGUAAUUUUAUAACUAGCAGCUCUAUAGUCCAAAAGUGCUUGAGCUAUGUUUGAACUCCUUAUUGUACUUGUAAAGGUCAAAAGAUUGUUGUUCUCUAUUGUUUAGUUCUGGCGAUCUUUUAACAUUUGAGAGAGGGAAUGGAGAGGGUGAGGGUUAUCCAGGGAAAAAAUAUAUUUGUUGCUAUUCCACUACAGUAUUACAUUACAGUAUUACAUUACUGUUAUCUGCUUUGUAACACCGAAGCAAGUAAGAUACAGUUCAUGCAAAGGAAAAUGCAGUGCACUGUCACACUCAACAAAGACCUCUUUUCACUUGAGGGAAAUCAACAUUCAACCCUAUAGACUUUUGCUGAUUUCCUUCUGGAAAGAUGUUUUUAGACGGACCUUCUGCAGAAAUUCAUCCUAGUCCGACCUUAUGAAAUAGGGAGAAUAAAAAGGCUACACACUUCACGGAAGGCAAUCCAUUAUGCUUGAUUGCCUGGAUUCAACUUUUCUAGUGGUCUACAUUUAACUUAUAAACCCUGAAGGUCAUUAGACCUCAGUUGACAAUUCGGCAAUUCUUUCGUACUUCCUGCCCUCCUGUGAUGCUGCUCAUCUUGAUCAUAGACUUAGCAAAUGCCUCAUAGAAAGCUUUCUUGGAACCAGCAAAUUGGGUAACCAAAUUCUUGGUGCUUGGAGAUGUGAGCAAGGCUUGAUCUGAAGAAAACAGGCUCUUUCCUUGAAGAAUUAGCUUGUAAUAUGUAUUGUCAAACAUUAUUGGGGAAGGAUCCAUGUUGGAACCAGCAUUUUUUACUUUGGUGUGUGCAGGACACACUCUUUGUAAGCUGGCAGCAAACGAAGGAUUGAUUGAGGGGUCUAUGUCAUGAGUUGUGUCAAAGUUGUGCAAUCGGCUUUGGAACGACGAGCAGUGGGAGAACCCAAGACUGUGACCACCUGCAGAAGGAAAAAGCUAAAGCCAAUAUGUCAGCACACGAGACAACUCCAGGACAUGCAGCUUCUACUGCCUUCUUUGCAUUAUCAAUGACAAAAAAUGCAUGCAGCGAAAGGUUUGGAGGACCGGAUUUCUCUACUUUGCUGUUCCCAUCUUUGUCUAGCAGCACAGAAGCAUCACAUCCCUUUAAAGGAGAAAAAGGAAUUUGACCGUCAGUUGAAUAUACACAAACAUGAAAUUCACACAUGAUGACAUUAAGUUAAAAUAUGCGGGCAAGGUUAAGAGGGCUAGAUUCAAUACCCUUAUGAAGCAGUCAUGGAAAUGCAUGCGAAGCACGGCCGCCGGGACUGUUUUAUCUUCUGCAAAUGCUUCUUUAACUGUGUUUGUGAUGAUACUCUCCACCGAAGGACAUGUCUUAUCGUAGUAGUUUAAGCUUAAAGCAUCACCAAGGGGAAAAUAUGAGCAAAUGAAAAGGGAGCUGAAGACUGCAACUGCAAUUGCCAUGGUGUAAGCUCUCUAAACUUUUUACUUUCUCUUAGUUAAUUGUUGAAAGUGAAGAGGAUACAAAAGGGUAUUUAUAGGCACAUCGAGAGAAAGUGAGUGAGUGAGUGAGGGAGAGAGAGAUACUGACAUAGAGAGUGACAGAGUAACAGAGUUGUUAAUGUGACAGAUUUUGGAUGUUUACCAGUGAAUUAGUUCAGCCUAAUGGUGAUGAGUAUUGUUUAAGCAUCCUCAUGAACAGAAGACAAUGCUUGCUGGUCAUAUCUUAACUUUAAUUUUCUCAACUUUGUCCCCAAAUUAUCAAGGUUACUUUUACUUGGUAGCUCAACUUCUCUCUUGAAUCUUCUGCAUGUGAUUUUGCAGUGGUUGAGGUUGACCUUUUCUUGGCAUGAGGUAGUAAUGAUUCUUCAAGCAAGGAGAAUAAAUCAGUUGAGAUAUAACAUUUUUGGCGCUUGAAGUGCUUAGGUAUUCCAUUCUGGGAAAUUAGGAGUCAGUCAAUUGUUCUUCACAGCUAAAUUGUCUUCUGUUGGUUUUCUUUGGCCUGUAUAAUUAACUCUAUGAAGUCGAGUAUAUACGUAUUAGUCCAGAGAGGAUCACAGUUUGUUUAAGGUUGUAUUUUUCUAGAGCU